AACGCGGAAAGUUAGCGUCUUCUCAACUAGCAAAUAAUUAGAACAGCAAACGAUAUCAUAGGUUAUUUCAGGUGUGUCUCGACGGUCACAAGUGUUUUAGGAUUUUGAGAUUGGGCUCUUCUGAAGCCAUUCAAGCGUAUUCCUUUUGACUUGUUGCUUUCACGCCUGAUCCUACUACAAUAUUUAUCAUCAAUCAAAUGGAACGGUCACAUAGUUGUACUUUGAUCUUGCGUUCAAUCAGAGCAGAAUCACAAGUCUACUGCGUACUUACAGAACGUGUGGUGGUCAUAAGAAAUGAGUAAACCAGAGCUUGCUGACGUUGCCCAUCGUUCUAUUAUAGUUUAGCUGUUUGCAGUGUUAAACCAGUAUCAGCCUUCCUAUUUUCAUAAUGGCUAAUAUCUGCAAUAGUAGGUGCUUGCCUUGCUCCGGAGCAGACUUCGGUUUUCUUAUCAAUGCAUUGCAUGGACGCGGCAUCAGCUGCAGCGGCACGAAUAGUUUUCAACGGUUGGUACCAGUGGUACACCAGCACCAGCAACAGCAACAGCAGUUGCAUAUUAGCGGUAUCAGCGGCAGCGGCGGUAGUGAUGAUGGUGGCAGCAGCCGACUCAGUGGGUCAGUCGGCCCUUCGCGCGUCCGCCCUCUCCCCUCCCGCUAUGGCACGGCAUAGUGAGCGACGACGCGGGAGCCGGCUGUUAACGCCAGCGUUGUGCCACAGUUUGCCGUGAAGCAGCGAACGGAACGUGCGUGGAACGCAACGCAGUCGCAUUUAACACGGUGUUCAGUCCGCUCACCUAUCGUCGUCUUGAUCGCGUAGUAACAACGUAGACAAGGACAAGGCAAUGAAAGUUAAAAGAAACAGGGAACAAUUUACACUGUAGAGAAAACGAAAACUAAAAGGAGGACCGACAGGAUAGUGCGUUUCGAAAAUAACAACAGGCCUCUCCUUUCGGGAGGAACUGAAAUGGACUAAAACAAUCUUCGAGUGGCCAGUUAACAGGAAUGGUGGAUUGAUGUUGAUUGCUGGAUUCGUUUAUCAACCCAAUCUCCUUCACCUUCUCCCUCAAUGGGUUACACCGUCCCUGAAUCAGAAAUCGGUGAGAAAAACGUGUUCUAAUUUGCCGUUCUGUUUCAACGAUCUGUACUUUGCAAACUUUGACGUGCGUUGUUCGGUCAAUUUGUCGUUGUAAGGUGUUUACGUGCGUGCGUGUGUGUAUUGAUAUGGUGUCGUGACAUACUGCGCCCCCUGCGCCCCCUUGGAUUACAUGAACUAUUUUUUCUUCAAGAUUCACGAACAAUGACAACUGCUAUUAUCAAGGACACCGCUACCAAGAACGAACGCUGCAGGGACCAUUUUAAUUCUAUCAGUGUUGCAAAUGUACUAUAGUUUUAAUUUGCAAUAAGUAGACAAACUGGACUAAGCUAGACCUGUUGAACUUAUUUUGGAUACCUGUUAGAUCAUGUACUACGAAAAUUAGAAAGCCUUAGCCCGUUUUGAAUCGGCGGUGUACGCUGUGCUACCGCAGCUGUAAGCAAAAACGAAGAUGUUCCGCAUUGCCAUGGUGUUCGCAGUGUCCAGUCAGCAAUGGUCGAUGCUGUCGACGUUUCAUCUGAUGCCUCUAGCGGAGUGCCAACCCAGCUCGCCUUUUAACCCAUUGGCGACUAGGCAAUUUUAUCAUUAGUAGUAGCAUUAUUGUUUCUAGCAAAGACAGAAAUACAACAGCAACGAGUAGAAAGUUGAUCGUUAUCGACUUCUCAAUGCACGAUUUUGUUUUUGCAACGAGUUUCACCGAAUUGAAUUUUUCCAUUCAAUGAAAAGUUUUCAACUUCGUUUACUGUUAUUUACGUUGUUAUUUAUGCUGCCGCUGGCACCGUUUCUGUUAAGUUAAUGUUUCAUUCUAUUGAUUAUUAAUAUAAUUAUCCCAACUAUUGAGAAUAUUACAUUCACGUAAUCGAACGUAACGACGCAGACUACGCUUACGGUCUCCGGUAUGAAGUUGCUCACGUUCGUAUUGGUUUAAGCAAGAAAACAGGAAGAUUUUCGGAAGAAGCUAAAAAAGAGAGACUACGGAUAUAUGUAAGAGGUUAUAGAGAAAGAGUAUUUAUUGUUGGUUCUACCACUAUGAGGGCCGUUACCACCCCAGAAGGUUGACGAGUAAUACACGACAAUUGAAGAAAUCUAGUUAAUUGUUAUUAGACGAAAGAUGAUAGAAAGAAUAAACGUUUAGAGUUUGUCGAAACAUUCUGCAUGCAACGAUAUACGAAAAUAGUUCGUUCGAUUUUUUAUAAUCGCCACCAAAGACCAAAAAAAAUUGGUGGUUUAGAAAAAAUACAAUAUCGUAGAUUUUUUUGCAUGCUAGCGCUUGCACAAAAAUACACUCGAUUGAAACGUACGGACCAAGAAAGGCAUAAUCGUCUACUUUGCUUAAACGGUGAUCCUGGCAGCCUUAAACAGGUACAAACUCAUUAGCUUUUAAGCUGCACUUCAGCCUUAAAAAGAAAUAAACCUUUCCUUAUCUGUGGAGCGUUCCCAGCCCACUUUGCCUUGCAUUGCAUUACGUGGUCACGAGUCUUCUUCGAGACCGUUUCGAAAUAACAAAUACACAAUAUGCCGUACAUCGACGAUGACCUUUUAUGGUGUCAGGAGCAGAGUGACAAAACGAUGACAGAGUUGACCAAUUUGUCAUGCCUGGACACCACGAUCACGCUUGUAUCAACCGGACCAACUCCAGUUGAAGGCACGCUCACGGAGCUCAGCCACACCGACCUCACAGGGCUCGCAACAGCUCCGGACGCGGAAGAGUCCGAAGAGCUCUUAAAGUCGCUUAACGAUUCGCAUCUCGACAAUAUCGAGUCUAUCUUUGCCGAUCUCGAGCCACAAAGCAAACAAUUAGACAAUCUAACCAUUCUUGGCGACCUACCGCCGCGGCGACGAAAGCGUAGGAAAAGUGCGGAUAGUACGUCACAUCUGACGCCAACCAUUGCCCCUCUGCAAGCCGAUGACACAUUCUCAACGGUUCAAGUAAAGGUUGAGCCUGGAGAUCUGGACGGACUUGACGUCUAUAUCAAACAAGAACCGAGCAAUACAACACCCGACAGCGGAACAACAGAUAUCAGCGAUUUACUUGAUGGCGGAGAUCUUUCCCGAUCCCAUAACCGACACAAGCAUCAGGCUGCGGUGGAUUCGGACUCGAAAAACGCCCUUCUCGUGCACAGCCUCAUGCUCCAACAGCAGCAGCAACAGCACCAGCAGCAAUUCAUGGCUGGAACCGGUCUCUCCUCACUGCCGCCUUCACCCGCCGACUCAGGAGUAUCUGAUGUCGAUUCAUCAUCCGGCCACCUCUCAACUGACGAGGCCGCCAAAACAUCAGGGGUGUCACCCUCAUCGUCAUCAUCAUCAUCGUCAUCGUCAUCGUCGUCGUCGUCGUCGUCGUCGCCGUCGUCGUCGUCGUCGUCUUCCACCUCUUCUCCUCCUUCUUCAACAUUAACAACAGCAGCGACUUCAUCCCGCUUGCAUGGAGACCUCGGUGACUCCGAUUUAAGUGGAAUCUAUACCGGCUCCACAACACUCCCCGCUGUCCAGCAGCAGUUUAUGUACCGCCAACUGCACAGCGGAGGCCUACAAAUUACGCCGACUUCGUCACAAAAUCUACUCGGUUCAUCAGGUUCGUUGCCAUCCGCUUCGUCGCUCAAUACCAACGGAGGAUUCAGUCGGCAGUACGAAGAUCAGAAGCCGUUCCUGCCACUUGCACUGACCAAGAAUCUUCCUGCCUCAACACAGAUCCUACCAGCGCCUGCCGCAUCCCCCCACAGUCCAGGGGCGGGUUCGCCCCCUGCUGGUGGAACCAAUAGCAAUGGAGGCGGCAGCAACAACAGCUUCUUCCCCAACUACUAUUUCACUGCCGGCCAGUCAAACGCUGCUAAUCUCAGUAGUUUGUCGCCCCAGCAGCAAUACUACCAGGAGGAUCUAGGCUACUAUUUCGCUGAAGAUCUAUCGACUGGUGGCGGCCUAAAAGCGAAGAAAGCGCCGGGUGCUCUUGGGCUUGGCGGACUCAGCCCGAAACGACCAAUCAAGCCAUACGAUCCCAGCCAGUCCCAGCCCCUGAAGCGCAAAAGCCGCGAAGGAUCGACCACAUAUCUGUGGGAGUUCCUCCUUAAACUACUUCAGGACCGCGAAUGCUGUCCCCGCUUUAUCAAAUGGACCCACCGCGAGAAGGGCAUCUUCAAACUGGUGGACUCCAAAGCCGUCUCUAGGCUGUGGGGUCUGCAUAAGAACAAGCCAGACAUGAAUUAUGAAACCAUGGGUCGUGCCCUCAGGUAUUACUACCAAAGGGGCAUCCUUGCUAAAGUUGACGGCCAGCGCCUGGUCUAUCAGUUUGUUGAUGUGCCCAAAGACAUCGUCGAAAUCGACUGCUCAGGAGCCUAAGUUAGCCUCGAGGCACCUUCAAUAAUAAUAAUUAACCACUCAAGAUGUAACCCAAAAGAUCAAGAUGCAACGUCGACAGCACCCCCGACUGAGUUACCACCGACUCGCCGGCAAGCAGCCCUUUCGCACCGUUCGUAGUGAACUGGUUCCGGACCUGUCAACCAACAACGAGGACGAAUUUGGCAUUACCAUUGUUUUUAGAUCCAACGAAUCCACUCGAAGAUAUCCACCUGCCGUGGAUUUUUCUCAUACACUGCUCAGAAGCAUGAUAAUUUGAAGCCUAUAUCUUGCCCCACCUGGCAACAGCGCGUCAAAUACAUACGUAUAUGUAUCGGCUCUAGCUUAAAAUUCAGGACAAAAGCCCCGUAGAUAGAUACCCCUAGUUCCCUUUUCCGCGGCUUUUUCUUCCUUUCUCCGCCCCGCCGGAGAUCAAAACACUAACAACAAAAACGAGCGAGCGAGUUGACUUGCGAUUUGGAGCGCCGAUUUUUGUGCUGUCUAUUGAAACAAACAGAGAAAUAAUGUCGCUGAAAUAUGUCAAUCAACUGAACUGUGAUUCGAGGUUUGAAAUACGUCUUACGUGGGUGCGACUGUAGGCGUUCCGUUCACGAGCUAUCAUUGAUCGUUUCCUGCCACCCUGCUCCUUGUAAAUAACGAAACGACCACAGACCUGUUUGUGUGUCGUCGAUAAGACGUCACAACAGAUAUAAGGUGGAAAGGAUGCUGAUAAAAGUAAUUGAAGAGAAGUAGAUAAUGACGCUAGCGAGCAGCAUGGCGAUUUUACAGGAAAAAUAACAACGGUGAUGAGGUACGGCGUCGGAGUACCGCAAAAUCAACAUGGGGACACGAUAUAGAAUGCAAACGACAAGGGGGAGAGGGGGAGGGAUAAGUAA